AUGGAGCCACGUAGCCUCCUCAUUUCGACUCUUUGUCAGCACUCUAUUUUACUUGGACUUCUUAUCCUGUUCGCAGGCGCGUUUUUCGUACGAGUUAUUUGGUCCUAUCGCCGCUUGCAAGCCUUCAAAGGUCCGUUCUGGGCAAGCAUCAGUCCGAUAUGGCUUGCUAUGCAUACGAUGUCUGGUAAACUUCAUUUACGUCUAGGAGAGGUGAAUAGGCAGUACGGUUCUUUGGCUAGAAUCGCUCCCAACUUUCUCCUUACAAAUGAUCCGUUUUUUCUGCGACGCAUGAGUUCAGUUCGAUCCCCAUACACCAAGGGCAAAUCGUAUGAUGGCAUGAAGUUGGAUCCUGAUGCUCAGAAUACAUUAUCAGAGAAGGACGAGCAGAAGCACACGGCAAUGCGUGCCAAGGUCGCCAAUGGUUAUGCCGGCAAAGACAAUAUGUCUCUGGAAUCCUCCAUCGAUGUUCAUGUCAUGGAUAUGGUGCACCUCAUCGAGAACCAUUUCCUUUCGAUCCACGGAGCGUACCGUCCUAUGGACCUAGCUCGCAUUGCACAAUACUUCACCGUCGAUGUACUCACAGACAUUGCGUUCUCAAGGCCUUUCAACAUGCUCAAGAAUAAUGAUGACAUCCACGAUUACAUCGAGACUGUCAGAUCAAGUCUCCCAGUCCUGCAAGCUCGAGCCAACAUUCCCUUCAUCAAAACAUUCCUCGAGAUUGGUUUUCUAAGGAGGAUAUUACCCACUACGACACAGGACAAGUUCGGCAUGGGGACUAUGUUGGCCGUUGCGAAAGAAGCUGCUGCAGAGAGAUUUCGUCCGGAUGCCAAACCACAAAAUGAUAUGCUUGGAAGCUUUGUCCGAAACGGCCUCACCCAAGCACAAACAGCCGCGGAAGCUCUUCUUCAAAUAAUCGUAGGAGUAGACUCCACCGCAACCGCCGUCCGCACAAUCAUGUAUCACAUCAUGACCAAUCCACGCAUCCUUCAGAAACUGCACGCUGAGCUCGAUAACGCAGUCCUAACACGACCUGUCCUUCUCGAUUCUGAAGCUGCAUCACUUCCCUACCUCCAAGCCUGUAUCCAGGAAGGCCUUCGCCAUUGGCCCCCCAUCGCAGCCCUGACGCUCAAAGUGGUACCGGCAGGAGGAGAUACCUACAACGGCGUCUUCAUACCAGGAGGUACAGAAAUUGCAUACUCAGCUUGGGCUCUCCACCACAGCAAAGCCAUCUUCGGACAGGAUGCAGAUAUAUACAGACCGGAGCGCUGGCUUGAAGCCGAAGGCGAAGAAUUACGGGAGAUGAAGGGUACUGUAGAUCUGGUGUUCGGAAGCGGGAAGUAUAGAUGUCUUGGGAAGAAGAUCGCUGGUCUGGAAUUGAACAAGAUUUUCGCUGAGAUGUUCCUCAGAUUCGAUUUCGCAGUUAUAGAUCCGCAGAAGGGAUUCAAGAGUAGGUUUCAUGGAUUGUUCAUGCAGUCGGAUAUGAAUGUUGUUGUUUACCCUCGAAAUCAGGUAUAG